UUGUAAUCAAAUAACAAAGUGGUACAUAUGUACAGAGUUUUGUAGUCAAAGGACAGUGAUACAUAUGUACAGAGUUUUGUAGUCAAAGGACAAUGAUACAUAUGUACAUAGUUUUGUAGUCAAAGGACAGUGAUACAUAUGUACAGAGUGUUGUAGUCAAAGGACAGUGAUACAUAUGUACAGAGUUUUGUAGUCAAAGGACAGUGAUACAUAUGUACAGAGUUUUGUAGUCAAAGGACAGUGAUACAUAUGUACAGAGUGUUGUAGUCAAAGGACAAUGAUACAUAUGUACAGAGUUUUGUAGUCAAAGGACAGUGAUACAUAUGUACAGAGUGUUGUAGUCAAAGGACAGUGAUACAUAUGUACAGAGUGUUGUAGUCAAAGGACAGUGAUACAUAUGUACAGAGUGUUGUAGUCAAAGGACAGUGAUACAUAUGUACAUAGUGUUGUAGUCAAAGGACAGUGAUACAUAUGUACAUAGUUUUGUAGUCAAAGGACAGUGAUACAUAUGUACAGAGUGUUGUAGUCAAAGGACAGUGAUACAUAUGUACAGAGUUUUGUAGUCAAAGGACAGUGAUACAUAUGUACAUAGUUUUGUAGUCAAAGGACAGUGAUACAUAUGUACAUAGUUUUGUAGUCAAAGGACAGUGAUACAUAUGUACAGAGUGUUGUAGUCAAAGGACAGUGAUACAUAUGUACAGAGUGUUGUAGUCAAAGGACAGUGAUACAUAUGUACAUAGUUUUGUAGUCAAAGGACAGUGAUACAUAUGUACAGAGUGUUGUAGUCAAAGGACAGUGAUACAUAUGUACAGAGUGUUGUAGUCAAAGGACAGUGAUACAUAUGUACAGAGUGUUGUAGUCAAAGGACAGUGAUACAUAUGUACAGAGUGUUGUAGUCAAAGACAGUGAUACAUAUGUACAGAGUUUUGUCGUCAAAGGACAGUGAUACAUAUGUACAUAUGUACAGAGUUUUGUAGUCAAACAACAACAUGGCAAAGUAACAUUUGUUUUAAGUCCAAAACAAUUCUGAACAUGUUGAUGGUUUAAGUUUUUUAGUGUAUUGAAAAAGACUAAGAAAUGUUUACUGGCAAAUUACCAGUUAAAUGAUGGUGAUGAUCAAGUAAAAAAAUGUAUGUGAUUAUUUUAUUACACUCCUGCUACUUGUAAUUUGAUGUAACAGAUAAGGCUAGUGCAUUCACAGACUUACCCUGUUGUGAGCCCCUGAUUAAAACAACACACAUACUACAGUACUCAUUAAUGAACACUUCUUAUUUAUACAUAGUUAUAAUGAUAAUUUAGGUGUGAAAUAGUGUGAAAAUUAUUUUUCACCUCGAAAUUGGAUAAGGUUUUUAACUUCUUAAGGAUUUUAUGUGAAAUUCAUGUGAUGAAAGUUAGUUGAGAAUUUAAGGAAUUUCCAUGUGUAAUUUGUGAAUAAGAUAAUGUGAUGGGAUGGUAGUGAUUUGUAGUGUAUAAUUAUCUACAAUAGAUGAAGGUAUAUCAUGACGGUAGAUUUUGAUGUAGUACAUGUAAUGGCCUCAGAUAAAGCCUUUCAUAAGAGAGAUUCCUCAAAUGUUCUAGUCAAACAGGGUUCUGCUGAUUCCAACUACAGUCAAGACUCAGACAUUUCACUUCAGGACGACAGAGAGGCCCUCAGAAGGGAAACCACAAGGCAGGCUUUGGAACAACUGACAAAAGCAAAGACAAAACCAGUUGCUUUUGCGGUUCGUACCAACGUAGCAUACAAUGGCUCGGGUGAUAUGGAUUGUCCAGUACAUGACCACCAUGUUAAUUUCGAUGUUAAAGAUUUCUUACAUAUAAAAGAGAAAUUUAACAAUGAAUGGUGGAUAGGUCGUCUGGUAAAAGAGGGUUGUCCUGUUGGAUUUAUACCAAGUCCUGCCAAACUAGAAAAUAUGAAAGUUCAACAGCAGCCUGGAACAGCCGGUGGACGUGGUGCAAAACUUUACACAGCUAAAAACCCUUCGUCGUCUAAUAUAGAAAGUUUAUUAGGUGGUGGAGGAACCAACCCAUCUAAUUCACGUGGCUCAACUCCUCCCACACCAGAUUUAGGGGUGAUUGGGAUGGACACAGAAAAUGGGAUGGAUGGAGGACAGAGUACAGUCGAUGACAGUGAUAGUGUCGGAAACUCUAAACAGUCCAGCAGUGUAACGCCUCCUAGUGGCAAGGAGAAAAAGAAACCAUUUUUCAAAAAGUCUGAUAGUAUUCCACCGUAUGAAGUAGUGCCUUCUAUGCGACCUAUAGUACUAGUAGGGCCUUCAUUAAAGGGAUAUGAAGUAACUGAUAUGAUGCAGAAAGCUUUAUUUGAUUUUCUCAAACAUCGGUUUGAGGGCAAAAUCAUCAUAACUAGAGUAUCUGUAGAUAUAUCUUUAGCUAGAAAAUCAAUAGUUAACAAACCAAAUAGGGUACUCGGUACUGGUACCAAUAAAAUGACUGCUGUAGGCGAGGUUCAGGAAGAAAUUGAAAGAAUUUUCGGCUUAUGUAGACAACUACAAUUAGUAGCAUUAGAUUGUGACACUAUAAACCACCCCUCUCAACUAGCCAAGACUUCAUUAGCACCCAUUAUAGUUUAUGUAAAAAUAGCUUCACCAAAGGUAUUACAGCGAUUAAUCAAAUCUCGUGGGAAAGCCCAGAGUCGUAACAUGAAUGUUCAGCUGGUAGCUGCAGAUAAGUUAAACCAGUGUAGUUCUGACAUGUUUGAUGUGAUUCUGGAUGAAAACCAAUUAGAAGAUGCAUGUGAACAUUUAGCUGAAUAUUUAGAAGUUUAUUAUCGCGCUGCUAAUCCUCCUGAUUUGACACCUCAUCAUACGCCACGUCAUCACGGGCACAGCCCUCACUCGCCGACUUCUCUCAGCCGGCAUAAUACAAUGCCUGCCCCACAUGGUUCACAACAUCAUCGUCAUUCAAUGUCUCCGGAACGUGGACAUGAUAGACGUGAUAGACACUCACAUGACCAUGAUGCAGGACGAACUUACGAUAAAAUGCAUGACCGUGAUUUAAGGUCGAAUGAACAUAGGGAAUACGAUAGGCGUAGGGAGCAUGAAUAUAAACAUGAUGACAGGCUUUAUAGUGAUGAACACGAUUCUAUAGAUCCUAGGUAUGGAUCACCAUCAAGAAACUCUAAGUUUAAACCAAUUAAACAAGCCAGUAUAGACAUUUAACCAAUCAAUUUUUGUCCGUUUGAAUAUUCAAUUUAUCCAAUCACCUUGGUUAUACUGUUAACCAAUCAACUAAGACAUGAUACAUAGCAGACCUAACCAAUCAACAUGUUUGUUACUGUAUAGAUAUGGAAUUGUUAUGGAGUAGCACAGCCAUUUUAUUAACUGAUUUCCAAUUUAACCAAUCAACAUUGCUUGUAACUGGAUGAUUAUCCAAUCAACAAUGACUGAGAGUUAUCUCCCUCUUUCAAAUAAAAUCAUGUGAUUUUUGAAUUUUUUCACCUUUUAACUUAUAAUAUUAACACAUGAAUGGAAAGUUUUAUGCUAUGUUUUAUUGAGUAUGAAUGUGUUUUGUAUACAUGGAUAAGAAGUAGUAUUUAGUACAGCUGCUGAAAUUAAAACAUGAAGCCUUCAUCCUUUUCAAUUUUAGGAAACGCCUAGAAAUCGUUUGUAGUUUAUACCAUAGAAAUUCAUAUAUUUUCAGAAAUAAAUUGGAGAAAUGUUCAAAUAAUUUGAAUUGUACCCAGACAAUUUAUAACCUGCUAUCAAGUGUAUGGCUAUUUAGAAUUCUGUUUUUUAAAACCUUUUCUCUGUGAACGGAAAAUUUAGCACCAUCUCUUACCAAAUGUUAGGACGAUAAAAUAUUGAUGAGAAAAAAGUUUGUUUUGGUUUACUAUCUGUAUUUAAUUUUGAAAAAAUAACAUUUAUUGAAAUUAUCUGAUUGUCUUUCAUGAUUCAGAACAUCAAAGUAUCUGGGGCCUCAUGUAAGGAUGAUAACUUUACCUAUUAAGCAAGAUGAUGACUUAACAAUAAUAUAAUUAUAUACAUUAGUAGUCAAUUAAAACAAUCUGUUGUCAGAAUUUUCUGUCAUCUGUCUUUUCAAAUUUGUAAUAAGCAAUUGUCUUUUUUUUAAAACAAUGAUAACUGACUGCAACAUUUGAGAAUCAGAUAUUUUAAUUUUGUUGGCCUACAGUCAAACACACAUUUGCUUGGAAAUAUUCUUGUCCUUUAUACAUAUAUAUUUGGAGUUAAAUAUUGAUCUUCUGAGAAGGAUGUGAAAUGAUGCAUUUAUUAUUUUUAAGUUGAUAGCAUUCAGUUUGUGGAAAUAUAAGAUAUAUGAUUGGCAUAUGUUUUGUGGUUUUUUUAUUGCUUAGGUUUCUUUUUGACUUAAACUCAACUUUGUUCUCAAUCACACGACGUUUUUAUAAACAGAUUACCAUUACUGCAUAGAAUAGUGGAAAAAAUGUUUUGCAAAAGUAUUUUGAAUGUUGAUGUAACAUUUUACAAGUAUUUGGAAAGGAUGGAGGCUUUAUAAAAAUUGAUGCAUAUAAAAAUGUAUUUGAUUUUUAAUAUUUAUUUGAUUUAAGAAUAUUUUUUUCUUCAAUUUAAUUUAUACUGUAUGUGCAAUAGGUGAUCUACACAAAAAUGCAAUGAUUUUUUGAUUCUAUAUAUUACUUAUGUGCAAUCUGCUACCAGUAUAUGUAAAUGUAGGUUUAUGUUGCAUUACUUUACAUUAAAGCAAACUUUGUUUAAUUCUUACUAAGAAAGAGUCUACAGGAAUGAUGCGAAAAACUAGAUGAAGUUGAAUAAUAAACAAUUUAGAUUAAAUGAGACCUAGCCAUUUCUAAUAAAAAAAAAUAUUAGGGAUUCAACUUUGUUGCAACUGAAAGUAAACUUAGUUUGUUUUCCAAGAAAUGAGGCUUUUUGUAGUAGUUUGCAUCUAAUAUUCAAUUAAGUAGUUAUUUAUAUUUUUAAAUAAUAGAGAGGUUGGUAAGGAAAUUUGAAUCAUAUUUUUGAAAGAAACAUUAUCGACAAUGUAAGGGUAGAAUGUGUACAGAUUUAUUAUGAGCAUAAUAAUAAAGUUUAUCAUCAGGUAUACCCCACAUCUUCCAUCAUACUAAUGGCAAUUAUGAAUCUCAGUUCUAAUGGUAAUUAUGAAUCUCAAUUUUUAUAAAGUUGUAAUUAUAAAUCAAAAUGAUAUUUAUACUAUGAUAUAACACCCUGAUAUUUUUUGUUUCUCUAUUUUACAUGUAAAUCAUAACAUACAUGUGAUAAACAAGAGAUGAAUUUAUUUAAGCUGUUGGAUUCUUUGGUUGUUUUCAAAGAUGAAGUCCUUAUUGAAUAUUUACACAAUAGCCUACAAAUAGAAAUAUUGGACCUUUUGGCUGAGUGGACUUCAUCUGUGAAAUUGCUUUAGUCUGUCAUCACUUCAAAAGUAUGGUUUUAAUUUCCCCCCCCCCCAGGUAAUUUGUAUAUACUCGCCAAAUAUUUUUGGAAUACACUGGUCAUUCCAAGCAUCCUUACUAAUAAAACUGACCAGCAUGAUAUUUUACCAACACAUUAGAAGUGGGAUAAAAACAAAACAAACAGAGAUACAAUCACUGUUUAUAAAAAGCCUAUGGGUACUAACAAAUAAAAAAAGAGCAUUUUGUUGAAAAAUGUAUCCACAAUUUGUAACUUCAAAAUAUCUUAACUGGUCAUGCUUAAGAAUUAGUUUUAAAAUCUGAGAUAUCACAUGUAUGUUAAUGAGAUAAAUAUAUAUAUUUCUUGUUUAUUGUUAUUUUAAGUGCAAUAUUUUAUAUACAUAUUCAUUGACCAAAUAAAGUUCUGUUAUCCUUGGUUUCAGUAAAAACAACAAAGAUCAGUCUUCAAAAGGAAAUUUGCCAUUUUGGUUUUAGGGAAAAUUAAUAGUAUAACUUAUUAAUGUAAAACAAACUGUUAGUACCAGUGACAAAAUUGCAUAUACUUGAGAAACCUGCUCACAAAAUGUCCUGCCUAAAUGUUCUUUUUUAGAUAAUGGACAGUAACAGUGCAACAUGGAAUUGUAUUUAAACAUUUCUUAUUGGACAAAUAUUGAUUUUAAGAAGAUCUCAAUAGGAGCAAUGUGAAAUUUCUACACUAGUAUAUUUAAACUGUGAAAAUAACAGAACCCUGAUUUGGUUUAGGUUGUGACCUAUAUACAUACUUAAUAUUUACUUUGAAUUUAAUGGUUGUAAGAUACUAAAAUAAGAAAAGAUUUUUUGUAUGCUUAAUAACUCAAAUAUAUAUCAAAUUUUAAGAAGAAAAGUAUACACAGUUAAUGGAUUUUUGAAACAAGACAUGCAUAAUAAAACUCCGUAUUUUGGGUAGUUUUUUUCACAUUUGAUAAAUAGACAUAUUUUGUUAAAUUGUACAGUAUGCAUAAUUUUGUCUACAUUCAUACAGUUGUAAGUUUCUCAAAUAUUUCUUGACCCAAUGUUUCUUUAAUGAAGACUAACGUCAUAUAAUGGGUGAGGAUCAAGGAGGGGAUAAGUAGAAUUACUCCUAUGUUAUUUUUUUACUCAGAUCCUACAAAGAGAUCAUGUUUAUUUUUUACUUAAAUGCACUUAAAACGUUGAUAUCUUUGUUAAAACCAUAAGGGUACAAACAUACGAAAUCCAAAGAAGAAAUCCAGAAACAUGAAUAUUCAUGUUGUGUUCUGAAAUUGUUGAAAGAAAUCCUUAAAGUCUUUACACUAACUAAUGUAUUUAUUUACAAGUAAUUUUAUUUUCAUAUGACUAUAGGAAAUAAUUUACAUGUAAGAUACACAGAAAAUCUGUCUCAAAAUAGCUGUAAUAUAUAACAGAUUUAAAUGCAGGUUUAUCCAUUUUAUACUGAUUUUACUUUUACUUUAAAAAGUAUUAGCGCAUAUGCAACUGUUUAUAUGGUCACCUGAUAAGUAGAAAUUAUGACACUUUAUAUUUCUAGUUGGUAAAAAAAUGUGACUAAAUUCCUGAUCUUAUUUUUGUAUUUUACAUGGGUCAUUCUAUCAAUGGUAUCAUUAAAGAUUACAAAAUACUUCAACAAAACAUGCAGUUAUGUACAGGGUUAAAUUUAACAGGUUGUUAUUUAGCCGUUUGUUAAUCUAUAUACAUGUACAUCUGAUUGGAUGUAAAAAGUUUGGAAUCAUGUGAUGAAACAAAGAAUACUCUAAAAUUUGAAUCCAGAAUUAUUUUAACAUUUUUCUGGAAAACCGAUGUGGAUGUUCAGCUACAUGAUUUUAGAAUAAAACAAAGAAAAUAGAACUUUCAUCUUGACAAUUAUAGAUAACCAACAACUAAAGACAAUAACUAUUUCCUGUUUGUUAAUGACAUUGUAUAUUGCAAGGACUUGAUAUUGGAUAUUACCAAUGACAGAAAUCCUUUAGUUUAUUUUGCAGAAUGUUUGGUUGUUAAAGUGUGUGUAAGGUUGUUCACUAAUGUUAUAUAUGAAAUCAUUUAAGCUUCUACAAACUUGUACAAUUUUUCACUCAUAUUACUCCAUUUUUGUUGGAUUUGUAAAUAAAAACGGAUUUUUAUCUCCA